CUUCAAACAGUUCCAUCCUCUUCGCAAGCACUCAUAUUCCUUCACCUCUAAAAAGCAUCCGAAAAAGGUAUAUCUUGGUUCAACAACAAUGGCAGGAGCUAAUGAUUCUUGUCCUUUGGUAAAGAACAUUCUUCUUCUAGACUCUGAAGGAAAGCGUGUGGCUGUCAAGUAUUACUCAGAUGAUUGGCCUACUAAUGCUGCAAAGUUAGCUUUUGAAAAGUAUGUCUUUUCAAAGACCUCCAAGACCAAUGCUCGCUCAGAAGCGGAGAUCACACUGUUGGAGAAUAAUAUUGUAGUCUAUAAGUUUGCCCAGGACCUGCAUUUCUUUGUUACGGGAGGUGAUAAUGAAAACGAGCUCAUCUUAUCAUCUGUUCUUCAAGGCUUUUUUGAUGCUGUUGCAUUACUUCUGAGGAACAAUGUUGAAAAGAUGGAAGCCCUUGAAAACUUGGAUCUCAUCUUUUUGUGCCUUGAUGAGAUGGUUGACCAAGGGAUGGUACUUGAAACAGAUGCUAAUGUUAUUGCGGGGAAAGUAGCAAUGCAAAGCGCAGAAGCAAGUGGUUCACUCUCUGAACAGACGUUAACUCAAGCAUUGGCAACAGCUCGGGAACACCUCGCAAGAAGUCUUCUUACAUAAAAUUUCAACAUCUUGGGAGCGAAUUGGUAUAUUCAUGAGAUCCCUUCGUUAACCAUAUCUGAAAUGGUUGCGGUUCAUUAGAAAUCAAUCCUUAUUUUCUUACUCUUUCUUUGUUUUUUUUGGUGUGGAAUUUUAGAUAUAUUAUGCCCCUUCUUGUUUUUCUCUAUAUGAAAGAUGUUAUUGCGUAUCUUUUUAAGUUGAGGAUAAACGUCUGCAGUUAUGCACCAGUGAUUUCUGAGUUAUCUUAUUUUGGUUUUUCGUAA